AAAUAUUAGUCUCAGAUAUUUGGUUGGGCAUUUUUCUAAGAUACCCUCUAGCCAAUAAUCUCAGCCAUGAAGAUCACACUAGCAUUCCUCCUUUUGGGCACCUGUAUUGCUUUUACCAAUGCAAGAUCCGUCCCGAAAAAAACUGCGCAUGAAGCCGAAUCACUUUCUCAUGUGCGUAUGUUGGCCCUAUCAUAUAACAGAUGGCGUGAAUAUCAGGAAUGUAACAGGUGUUCAUCCAUUGAAAAGAGUUGCAAGUUGAGAGCCAUAAUGUCAGAUUGCUUCAUCAUUUUGAAUCUUAUGGCAAAUGACCUUGGAGUCGAAAAGAAAAAACUUCUGUCUGUGAAAGUUAACGUAAAGAUUACUGUUUUGAUCGACGCUUUAGAGAAAAAUGACUAUGAAUCAUAUGCAAAUCACGUGGAAAAGACUGGUUCAAUAAACAGUUUCAUGGAAAUGAUGACUAUUGUAGUAAAAGGUUCUACAGAUGAAGCUGGAUUAGAUUUAGGAGGUGUUUUAAGUGAUUGUCUGGGUGAUGCUCUGGGAGGCAUUUUGAAAAUAUUCCCAGACAUUCUUGGUGGACUUCUCGGAUCCGUUACUGGUAUUAUUGGUGGUGUAGUCGACGUUGUAGGUGGUCUCACUGGCAGUCUCGGUGAUAUCACUGGUGGUCUCACUGGCAGUCUUGGUGGUCUCACUGGCAGUCUCACUGGCAGUCUUGGUGGUCUCACUGGCGGUCUCGGUGGUCUCACUGGCGGUCUCGGUGGUCUCACUGGCGGUCUCGGUGGUCUCACUGGUGGCAAGAAAGGAGUUAAAGGCUAAGUCCAGCUAUUUUGUUAUUCCAGGACGAAGAAGUGAAAUCAUUUGCAUUUCAUACAUCUCCUUCAAUAGAUUCUAAAUUUUUCUUUCAAGAUUUCUAUAAUUUUUCUUUUCGAUAUUCAUGGGUUUACUAUCUAUUGUGCCACUUCAUAAUAAAAUACAAAGCAUUAAUCUUGUAAAAUUGUUUUGUGUAAUUAAUCAUGUUGGUUUUACGUGUGUCUUUUGUGUGUCAACUGAUAUGUGCAUAAUUAUUAUAUUUCAAGCCCCAGGCUAUUUUCAUUUGAUUCAGAAAAAGAAAUGAAUUGAUAUUAAAUGGAAUGUAAUAUCACCACCAA